UGUUUCGAGUAUUUUCGGAGUUUUGCUGUAGGUUUUGCGAUAAUUUUGGAAUGGAUCAUUUCAAAGCGUUGAAGAAUUGGAAUACCUCUGGAGGAGAGAGUGAAGAGGAUAGCUCCUCGACAUCAGAAACGUCUUCCUCUUCAAUUAGAGUGAUUCGCGUGCGUCCGAAAGAAGUGCUGGCGGGUGCGAAGGAGAAAUCUGGUGAACCCGACAAGAAACGGGUGAUUGUCGUCAUUCCCGAUGAGAGCACGUUGUCUGUCAUCGAUUACCUGGAACAGAGAUAUCCAGAAGUUCCGGAAUGGUCGGUGCAGAGACAGGCACGCGAGGAACGACUGCAAGAGGAGUGUAAAUCGAUUCUGAAAAAGAGGAAAAAGAAGCUUUGGUGAAUGAAGAUCUUCUUCUAGAAGAAAUAAAUCUCCAAGGUCUUCUCACCGGAUGUGACUUCCCCCCGAUUGUGACUUUUUUUACCCGGAUAUGGACUUUUACCUGGCUAUGACCUAAUGACCGGACGUGACUUUUAAUGGCGGUUUGGCGUCUUCCCUUUCCUGCUGACGGUUCUUGGAAUGAUACAUGUCCUUCGUCAUCGCUUACGACGGACGUGUUCUUCCACUUAAUUAAUUAAGUUAAUUAAAGUCGACGGUGACAACUUAGCACCGUCUUCGGUCGUUUGAAAUCUCUCAACUGACGAUGAAAUUCUGACCGGAAAAUAAUGGAUUUUCGCCAGCAACGUGCGUGUCAACACUGGACAACCGAAUAAAAACAAAAGGGAAAUAUCGCAGUUAGCAUAUGUCUAAGCCACAAUUAUAAUUAUC